UAAGGCAUCUUGAGAGAUUAUGUCUCCUCGCGUUGCAUGUUGACCACGAUGUUUCUGUCAGUGCUCCUGAUGGUGGGAGGCCUUGGAGGAGCAGCAGCAGCAGCAGCAUCUGACCUCCAGGUCUCUGGGAAAUCAAUCUCUGGCGAUAAGACUUUGCUGAGCGGCAACGACAGACGAUACGCAGUGAGGAGGCAGCAGCCACACCAACACACAAGAAGUGAAACCCGCAGGAGUUUGGACCUGGAGAGGCUGAACAUGCAGAUGACCCCAACCUCCAGCAAAAGCAAAAGCAAAAGCAGCAGCCCCACCAUCGUCAAGCUCUUACAGCCCACAAUCCAGCCUCACAGGCACGCCAACAUGCCCAUGCGCUUCGGCAGAGACAGCGACCCCGAUAAUGACAACUCACCAAACUCCCCCAACAUGCCUCAGAGGUUUGGUCGGGCCUGGAAGGUGACUCGAGUGUGUGCCCAGUGUGAUGAAGAACUGAACUCAGCGCUGCCUCAGAGAUUUGGGAUGAACAGUCUUUACUGGAGAUUUCUCAACACUCUGGCCAGUAAACAGAUUAUCAGCGCGGGCUUGCAUUGGGCUGCAGUUUAUGACUUUACCACUAAGAAGUGGAAAUGGAAGAAAAACCCUGCAAAGAAUGAAGACACGGCCCAACUAUACUAGAUCAUGAUAGCUAUGUAAAUAUCAACAUACACUGUUUUUACUGAAGUCAAGAAAACUGAGGGAAAUUAAAAACAAAAAAAA